CCUCCAUGGCCAGGUCCCGGGCUUGCUGGACUGGGACAUGGGGAACGAGUCCUUUCUGGCCUUCACCACAGCGCACCUGCCCUUAGCCGAGCAGAACCUUGCCAGAUAUAGACUCCGAGUAGUUGAUCCACCAAGACUACCCCUGGAAAAAAAACCCAAGGCUGAUGAAGAUGGUCCAGAUUUUGAGCCCAACCUGUGGAUGUGGGUAAACCCCAACAUCGUGUAUCCCCCCGGAAAGGUGGAGGCCCCAGAACCUAGUAAGACGGAGGAUCUGACAAGCACACUCCCCUCCCCUCAGCCACCCCUGAAGGAGGAAGAUGCCACCUGCUCAGAGGCCAUGGGGGUGGAAUCGCUGCUACAUUCUUCUGGCGAACAGCACUUCCCCUUUUUCCGGACGGCUCCGGAGGGCUGGAAGAAUACUGUCCGUCACAAUCUCUGUUUCCGAGACAGCUUUGAGAAAGUGCCGGUGGGCGCACAGGGUGGGGCCGGCACACGGCCUCGAUCCUGCCUCUGGAAGCUGACUGAGGAGGGACACCGCCGCUUUGCAGAGGAGGCCCGUGCCUGGGCUUCCACUCGGCUGGAGAGUAUCCAGCAGUGCAUGAGCCAGCCAGAUGUGAUGCCCUUCCUCUUUGACCUUUAGCUCCAAGAAGCAAGAGUCAGCUCAUGCCUUAUUAAAGUUACCCUCAGCAGC